CUCCCCCUUCUGACGUGCUCCGACAGCAGGCAUCGCCGCAGCGCACGCACUUGGUGGAGAAGACAGCCGCCGUUUGACGCCGUCCCGUCUGGCUGCCAGACACAAGACAGCUGCGUCCGGCGACCGCCGCCUCUGGGACUGCGUCUCGUACGUUUUCGUGGUCGCCCUCCUCCUUUCCGAAGUUGAGCACAGAGCCGCAGUCCAAGUGGUGGACCGUCCCGAGGCAGGAAGGGUCCGCAAAAGCAGCGGCCUCAUCUGCGGCUCUCGCAGCGAUCCAUCGAAUAACAAUGGCUGACCACGCCGUGGAUUCGAGGCAUCGGCGUGUGGUUGCUGCCAUCAAGACUUCGUCUUUGGCAGCGAUCGUGCUCAGCCUGGCUACUGCAGUAAGCAGCGAGGAGGAGGGUAGCCUGCGGCUGGUCAUCGGCGCUCGCGUCACGACGCACGAGGGUCGCGGCAACGUUGAGAUCUUCCACGCCGACCGGUGGGGCUCCGUGUGCGAUGACGAGUGGGACAUCCGUGAUGCCCAGGUUGUGUGUCGCAUGCUGGGACACGGGAACGGCUCGGCGCGCGUCACUGUCAACGCGCACUUCGGAAAAGCACUGAGACCGAUACUAAUGGACAACGUAUAUUGCACGGGUGAGGAGCUUCACAUCGAAGAGUGCCCGUUCGAUGGGUGGGGAGUGCACGACUGUGGAAGGGACGAGGCAGCUGGCGUCGAAUGUCCACUACUACUGCCGCCAACGACCCCCGGUGCGCCAUCACCUGUGAAUGUCAAGAAGAUGAUCAAGAGUCGAAGCCGUGGCAGCGUGAAGUUGCGGCUAGUUGGUGGCAGGGCUCCCAACGAGGGCCGCGUGGAAGUGUACAUUCCCAAGCGUGGAUGGGGCACCGUGUGCGGGGACGGCUGGGGCCUCCUGGAAGCGGCCACGGUCUGCCGGCAGCUGGGUCUCGGCUAUGCCGACGCAGCGCUACAGGGGGAUUACUUUGGAGGCAUCAACGAGACCAUGAUGCUGAGUGGUGUCCAGUGCACGGGUUUGGAGAAGAACCUCGCCGACUGCCUGCAUGACCAGCUGGGCGUAGGCUCCGUCACCUGUCCGGGAGUAGGGGACAGCGUCGCCGGCGUCGUCUGCGUGCGAGACCAAGCGGACCUGGUGAUUGACGAAGAUGAGGUGCAGCGGUCAGCCUACCUGGAGGACAGGCAGCUACUGUACUUGCAGUGUGCAAUGGAAGAGCACUGCGUCUCCACUUCCGCCUACGCGCUCAAGGCAGACCCCGGUUGGCUGUACGAGAGUCGGCGACUGCUUCGCUUCACGGUUCGCGUGGCUAACGUGGGCACAGCUGAGUUCAUCCCUUUCUUGCCCAAGCACGCCUGGAUCUGGCACUCCUGCCAUAUGCAUUACCACUCGAUGGAAGUGUUCGCUCACUACGACGUAGUUGACCCAGCCGGACAGCGCGUGGCAGAGGGACACAAGGCAAGCUUCUGCCUCGAAGACAACGUGUGUGAACCUGGAGUGGACAAGCGCUACAACUGCGCGAACUACGGUGACCAGGGAAUCUCCAUCGGCUGCACCGACACCUACGCGCACAACAUCGACUGCCAGUGGGUCGACAUGACCGAUGUGCCUCACGGACACUACACUCUCAAGGUGUCCAUCAACCCGGAAUACAAGAUGGCCGAGAUGAGCUACGACAACAACGCUGCUGUGUGCGACCUCAUCUACACGCAGACCUACGCUGCGGUCACAAACUGCACUCUUGGAAGGCCGUAAACUUGCGGCCACUACGAUCAAGGCUCCUUGCCUAAGAGAAAGAGCAUCUCAUGAAGCGUCGAGAUGGAAGUGAAGGCGCCAAAUUUUGCGUUCAGAUUCCGCCUACUUACCAUGGUUGACCCACACACCUUUCAUUGCUUCAUGCUGUGCUAAAAUUUAUAGUAACUUUGUUCACGGCCAGUUCAAAGAAACGGGCACUUGAAAGCUCCGACGCUUUUUUCUUCUGAUUCUUUUGAGUAAGAACGAUUCCAUCACCUAAAGCCACCAGGUCUGACAGACAGCACCUUCAUAACGACGAAUUGGUGAGCGACCGUAGAGCGUGGUCCGUGUGCACGACUCAAGGCAUCAGCGCUUCACUAGAGUGGCUGAAUUGUUCUAUGGUAUCCAUAUGUAGAUGUCUGAUCUGCACGUAACUCACGGAAGAACAAUCCCCCUCCAUGAUACACGAUAGGGUAUCGUCAGAAAUUCGGGUCAAUGCAAUCGCGUGAGUCGACGUUCGUGAGGACAUUUGGAUAUGAGACGCCCGGUGCCCUGGUAUGCAAGAAGUCAGUCCUAAGAACUACGCUGCAGUAUUGGCGGCAAAUAUUGCGUCUAAAAGUGUGCCAUAGCGCUCCUGAUGUGACGAACUUUGGCUUUUAGUAGAGACACGGACGUCGACUGAACGCUGCACCACUGCGCGAUGACUGUAAGCUUGUAAAUUUACUGAUAUGAUUUAUACAUCCCCAACCCUCUUAAUAGUUUUGUAGGUGUUUCAUUUAAACUUGCUCUUUUUUCAACCGACUUGAGCCAAAUUUACGUUCAAUGCUUACAUGUGACACAAGCUCAUAGAAACGGCAAAUCGAUCAUACUGUUUUUUUGCUGUACCUCCUUAUGCUAGGGUUUCAGUGUAUUCUAAGCUGAUACUGCGUUCUUCAUCUAAGAAAGAAUUUAGGGUCUGCAACAGCCUCAUCCAUAUUCCCUUUUGUCUCUCGUGUAUAUUAAAGAUUAUCUGCUUAUCGUUUCUAAAAUUUUAGUGGCGUUCAGUUACUUCAGUCACUUUUGAUGCUCCAGUUACGUUCAUGACGCCCCCGUGUUUUUUUAUAUCUGGUUUAUGCUUUCUGUUUAAAGUACAAUUCUAAUUUUGUAGGCAAACGCAAGCAAGUACCGUCUGCGUCAAAUGAGACCCAAACAGAGGCAAGCCUUCGCUUUGGUAUAGUGCGCGCCAUUCAUUUAUCGUGAUCGACAAGCGCGAACAUCCUCUUCGGCAGCCCUACGCAUAUAUGCAUGCCUGUCCAUGGUGAUAAGUGGACGGCACGCGCUAUACAAUCAUGGAGGCUUGCCGCUGUUCGGGUUUCAUUUGACGCAGAGAGUACGUGUGAUACGUUUGCAGUCGGAGUGAGAAUAUGCUUCGCUGUAGAAAAUGAAGACCACCAAGGUAGACGGACGGCUGAAUUCCCAUACAUUGAUGCAAACCGGAAGCUUCCUAUUGUAAGCUAGCGGUGUAAACUGCGCUGCCGAUGAGACUUCAGUGCCCUCCCGUGUGCGCUAAACGAAAUAAAGAUAAAAGAACGUCACA